UUACUCAGGACAGCUCAGGACUCAGCUCUGUGAGCUUCAGCAGGGAGUCAAGUUCAGAGGAGAUUUCAAUCUUUUACCCUAAACAACAAGACAUGGCUGACCGAGAUAGUGACGGAGCGGAAAGAGAUGCAGAGGAAACAGAUGAGCUUUUUUCCACAGAUCUGAAUGACAACAGCUGUGAGUCUGGACGGGACUCUCCUCCUCUGAAACUGGACCAGUGUGACCUCCUCUUAGAUGCUCUGGACGCUCAGCUUGGUCAACUGCAGAUCCAGCCAACGAAACAUCUGGCAAUUCCCAGAGAGCGUGAUUGCAACGAUGAUGCGGAUCCUCUGAGGUGGAGCCAUUCUCUGAGCAAAGACACUGGGCUUGGGAGUACAACUCAAACAAACGACACUCCCAUGUCUUGUCUUGAUUUGAUACAAACUCCAACGAAAGAGCCAACUUCAGAGAGGGGCUCAGGCUGUCGGGGAGGUCCUACUAUUCAGAGAGUAGACAGAAGGACAAGAGACAAAGAGGAAAUGGAGUUUCAGAGGGAGCAGGUCCUCUGGAGGCUGGAGAGGCUGCUGGGAGACACCUGUAACGAGGGGAGGAUGGAAGCAGGAAUCCUCCCUCCUUCAGACAGCAUCUGCACCGAGGACUUUGUCAGCCGCUUCAGAGACGAGAUGGUGGAAUGGACAUUUCCAGAGAGUUAUAUAGAGAAACUAGACGACGGAGAGGAAGUGACUAGGAGGACAGAGAUAUCUGACUGUCAGCGUGAACACUUUAUACUUAAUGUUGACAGAAGAGGACUGACAGGGGAGAGCAGUGAAAACACAGAGAGUGCUCACGACUGUCAGAGUGAGGAGAAAUGUGUUUAUAAUAGCCACGGAGUAAACACAUCAAGCAGGAGGAAAGCAGGAGCUGGAGAGAGAUACAGCUCACCACAGAGGCUCGGUGAUGAUAGCAGCCAUGGAUUUAGUCCCUCCCCUCUUUCAGUCUCUCACAGAACAGAGGCUGUAACAGGUCAUGAAACCACACAGCUCAACAACAGCUGUUCUCCUAAGGCCAGGUGUUUGGCAGGAGUUCCUGUGUGGAGUUUUGACACCGUGUCCAUUGACAGUGACCUGGACUCAGUGUGCACGGAGCAGGUCAGAAACCACAUCCACAGGCGGCCAGGAUGGCGCUCUCUCCUUCAGUCUGUCACAGGCAUGGAGGACCACUGUACCAACCACAGUGACACACACACACAGGGGGAAAGUGAGCCGAGAUCAUCAUCAGGCCGAAGCUUCUCUUAUGGAAAAGUACACAACAGAAGUCCUUCUGUCCGUAAGGCACCGCGCAACAAGAGAGACUCUUACAGACAUGUGUGUUCUUUGGAUCACAAUAAGAAGGACACAGAAGAGGAACUGAAUCAAAGGAGCGGCAGAUGCAGGCCGGAGAGGACGUCACAGAAGAUGCAUUCUGAUUGGGCCAAGAUGAAAGGGCGGCUCUCUACCCUCCAACAAAAAUGUGAGAAAGAGGAGCAGACGCUGCAGAGGAAGAAGACACAGUUAAAAGAUGUUGAGCUCUCCCUUUCUGAACUUCAACAGAGGAGAAGGCAUGCCUUGCAGGAAUUAGAGCGACUGACUGUAGAGACAGCAAAGAUGGAGGAGGAGAAGAGGACUCUGGGGGUCACUCUGAGAGACAGCCGAGCAGGGAAGGAUGCUAUUAGUGUCCAGAUGCAUGAGCUGCAGAGGCAGAGAGAGGUCUGUGUGCUCGAGGUCAGACACCUGGAGGAAGAACUCACAGCGCAGAGUCAGCGUAAGCAGACUCUGAAGGAAGGACGCUUCACAGAGAGGCAGCCCAGCAGUGUCGUCUUUUCAUUGCUGGAGAGGGAGGAGAUGGAGCGACAGCUGGAUAACGCCAAAACAGAACUGUUCACUGAACAGCGGCGUGCCAGAGAGAAGCUCGAGUCCACGCAAGAAAAGUUGGAGGAGACUUGUGAGGAGCUCCAGAGAGUCACAGAGGCCGAGAGCUUACUGAGGACCAGGUGUGCUUAUCUGGAGGAGAAACAGAGGCAGAAAAAGGAUCAGAUCGAGGCAGUAGAGUUUAAAGUCAGUGAGAUGAGGGGUGAUCUGGGAGAGUGUAAGGUCAGAGUGAGCACUCAGGAGAAGAUGUUGGCCCAGAAGGAGCUGCAGCUGCUGGAUGUACAGGAGCAACGUGGGGCCUUACAGGCAGAACGAGACGGACUGAAGGGGGCGCUAAAGCAUCUGAAAACACAGCACUGCAAUGCAAGCAAAGAGGCCCACCAGCAAGCCCAAACAAUGGAUGCAGCACUGAAAAAGGAAAAUAAAGAAAUGGCUCUGGCUCAUGAGCAGCAAAUCCAAAAGCUCCAAGAAGAGGAGGCAAAGAAGCUGAGGGACUCUCUGGAGACGCAGCAGCAGGAGGCAAAACUACGUGAAGAGCAGCAGCAUAAAGAAGCCUUGGAAAAAGUGCACAAAACAAUAGAGGAGGAGAGGAGGAAGUGGGAGGCAGAGAACGAGGAAGACUUGCAGAUGCACUGUGGGAAACUACAAGAGCAGAACAGAAAGAGCCUGGAGAGCAUGAGGAGUGAGAUGCAGCGAGAGAGGAGUAAAGCACUGGCUCUCCAACAGAAAGUGGUGGAACUAAAAACUCGCGUGCAGGAGAUGGAGAGUGAGAGCUGUGCUCAGCAGCGGGAGCAGGAGUCUGUGACGGCUCUGAUGUGCCAAACCCUGAAAGAGAAGCACCGGGCUGAGCUGCAGAGGAUGCAGAGACAGAUGGCACAGGAGAGGCAGAGGGCAGAGAAAGAGUCCGACGGGCUCCGGAUGAUGCUGGGAGAAAGAGAGAGCAGCCACCACCAGAUCACAGCUGAGCUACAGCAGCGGCUCAGGCGCUGGAGCCAGGAGCUGGGAGCAGAGACACAGCAUCUACAGAUCCUACUGGAGCAGAGUGGAGAGGGACAGAGCUCUGUGCUACUACCCCACAGUCCCACAGCAGCCGAGGCUCGUGUAAACCUGAGAACACUAAGAGAGCAGUUGAAGCAUUUGAUUAACCAUCUGCAGCAGGAGCUUCAUUCACAAAAACAAACCACUGAGCAGCUGAGCAAAGAGAAGGAGAGAGAACUGAGCGUCCAGAGGCAGCAGCUGAGGCUGGACAGAGACCAAGCCUUGGAUUCUCUAAAGGAGCGUCUCAUUCAGGAACACAUCGAGGAGCUGAGCUGGCCUCAUAUGUGUGAUGGAGGAGCUGACGGAGGAGGAGGAGUGGCAGCUUCUCUCCGCAAACAGCUGGGGGCCAAAGACCUGGAGCUGAGGCAGGUGCAGAGGAGCAUGGCUCAGUGGAAGGAGCACACUGCGGCUCGUCUGGCCUGCAAGUUUGAAGAAGAGUUGACCUCUGAACUGGAGAGGUGCAAGACAAAGUUGUUAAGGGACAGAAAACCAUCAAAGUCUCGUGAGGAGAGACCGAGAGAGCCUGAGAGGCCUGACGGAGAGCUGACGCUUAGUGCAAAGGAAGCUCAGACACCAGCUUGCUCUCCCUGGCUCCAUGUUGUGGACUCUGCUGCCUCCCACAGCCCCUCAGACGUGGCUUCAUUCAAGCUUCUGCGUUUCCUCCAGAGCCGAGUGAAGCAGCUCCGUGUAGAAAACCAGACCUACAGCUGGAGCCCAUCGCCUGCAAACACUAUCCCUUUAGAUUUAUCAGGAUCCUAUCUUACAACAAUCAACCAAGGUCAGGGCGUUGCUGGUAAUAUAAGUCACUGAACCAUCAGGACAGUCUCAAGUUAAGGACACCUUACAAACACCAUGUGUUGCAUUUAAAGCUGUUUCUGUGGCAACAUAAAUGAAUUUACUGUACAUGUGCUAAAGAUUUCAGAUUAACAAGCAGGUCACAGUGACAAAUGACACAACCGAAGAGUUGAUCAUGAAGUUCACAUUCCUCGGUGUGAAGGCUGUCAAGUUUUAUAGCUUAUGGUUGCAAUGAACUCUGAAUGAGCAAUGAACCGACUUUUCACUGAAAAUCAUGUGAGCAGAUUUCAGAGAACCUCGUAAAGCAGUCCGGUCCUUGAAGGAUUCAUUAUGUAUAAUCAUUCAUGUUAAAUUACAAUAA